AUGGCCAGAAUCUAUGCGGAUAUCACUACAACUGUCUCCGGGACUACGACGGCGACAGAGAUAUUGACCACUACUACGACUGCGAUUACGACAUGGAUUGAGUUUUUAACAACCACUUCAACAACUACGACAACCAAGCCCACGACGGUGUCGGUGAGUAAGACAGUCACCACAACGGUCACGAUUGUGCCGCCGUGUCCGCCGCCAGUGAUCACGACGGAGACGACUACGGAGACGACUACGGCAAAGACGACUACGACAAAGACCGCGACGUCUACGGCCACAAUCAUUACUACUACGACGGACAUAGAUACAUCCACUGUGACCACCACACGGACGUCCACUUCCGUGUCUAUAUCCACCCUCACCCCGUCUCCGGUCAUAACAACUACUACGGUAACCAAAGCCGUCACCACCACUAUCACCGGGUCUCUCCCAACUGCAACAGGCUGCAAAGGCACCUGCAGCAUUUCUCUAGUCCCUAAAACCACGCAGACCCUUCAUUUCGACGAUCUCACGGCAGUCAGCACUGCCGGUCCUCUCCCAAGUAUCUACAGAGGUCUCUCCUUCCAUUCCAGCUUCCAAAUAAUCAAAGGCGGUGCCCUCCCCCUAGGACUGCCACCAUCGUCCCCAAACGCGAUCUUCUUCAACCCUCACCUGUCGAAUCCCGUACCCGGGGCCACCUCGGGGGAUGGAAAGAAGUUUGGCCUGCUGAGCUUCCGGAUCGCGGGAUGUUUCUCGUAUUCCGGAAGUGGUGGCGGGAUAGACCAAGCGACGGCUUCGGAGUGUAUGUUGCGGCUAGAGGGGUAUGGGCAGGGAAAAGUGGCUAUAUUUACGACGACAAUCACAAGGGAUAAGUAUACUACCUUUUUGAUGCCGCCGACGGAUGGGUUCGGGGAAGGCUUGCUAGGGCUGCGGUGGAGCGUCUACUUGCAGACGGGGGAGAAGAUUGAGUAUGGGCAGUUCUUUGCACUGGAUAACAUCGUGCUCGCCAACGAGGACAAUGGGGUGUAUUUUUGUGUUCCACAGUAGCAGCAGCAGUAGCAAUAGCAGC